CGGUAGGCAUCUAGAAUGAUCUAGUGUAGACAUUGCACAGUGUUGUAGUCCAUGAGCGACACAGGGGACACUGGAGAGGACGACCGCAGGAUCUUGCGAUCUGCCAGAGGCCCGCUAACUCACGUGUCCUUAGGACCGGAGGGUGAUAGGGAACUGUUCCGCCGGCAGAGGGAGAGGCAGCAGCAGCAGAGGAGAGCUAGAGCAGCUGAGGCCAGCAGAACCUUAGUUGGCGAGGCCGGUGCUACAGCAGCCAUGGCUACCACAGCCAUGAGCACGUCUGCGCAGCAUACUUCCCAAGUCGGUAGUUCAGGUACCGCCGGGUCCACGAUCACACAGACCGUGAGUCAGUCCACUGGCUUAGUGGCAAGCCAGCUCGCGGUGUUGACCCCAGAGGAUGUCGCCAUCCAGCAGGCAGCCCUGCAAGAGGCACAACUACAGCAGGCAUUAGGACAGAUAAAAAGGGAGAAGGAGAUGAUGAUUAGAAGAAGAACCAGGAUGCAACGGAGAGGGGCAGACAUAGAGGAGUUAGAGACGAUGGACCUGACGGAUAUGGAUGAUGAUGUGAAGACACCCACUACGGACGGGAGGAAGAAGACACUGCCUCCCAACUGGAAAGCGAAGGGUCGCAUCAUGUUUGUCGACAAUGAUGGUUCAACCAUCGAGUUGGAUGACAACUUCCAGGACGGAGUAGGUGCUGAGGCGGGUGGCGAAACUUCAGAGGGUGGAGUAGUCGCCGCCGUAACUCAACAAAAAGGCGAGCUUGAUGAGCUUCGCCGCCAACUCAAGGAACUCGUAGAGAAGGGUUGGAUCCGGCCGAGUGUCUCUCCUUAUGGGUCUCCAGUUCUAUUCGUGCCUAAGAAGAAGGAGGGUACUCUUAGGAUGUGCAUUGACUAUAGGGGCCUCAAUGCCAUCACUGUAAAGAACAGAGAGCCCCUACCGCGCAUCGACGAUCUGYUAGAUAGAGUGCAAGGGURUCGGUACUUCAGUAARAUAGAUCUGAAGUCCGGGUACCAUCARAUUGCAAUCCGGCCCGAGGAUCAACACAAAACCGCAUUUCAGACCAGGUACGGUCUGUACGAGUUUGUGGUGAUGCCUUUUGGCCUGUGCAAUGCUCCUGGCACCUUUCAGCACGCUAUGAAUCGGAUAUUCCAUGACUACUUGGAUAAGUUUGUCAUCGUGUACCUCGAUGACAUACUUAUUUUUGGUAAGACUGUCGAGGAGCACGUUGCACACUUGGACAAAGUCCUUAGUCUCCUGCGACAACACAAGUUCAAGAUCAACGGCGAGAAGUGCGAGUUUGGCCGCACCCAUGUCUUGUACUUGGGUCAUGAGAUCUCCGCGGAAGGGUUAAAGCCCGAUGACGCGAAGGUGGCCAGCAUUCGUGAUUGGCCACGACCUCAGUCUGUGCCUGAGAUGAGAUCUUUCUUAGGAAUGACCGGUUACUAUAGGACUUUCGUUAAGAACUAUAGCAUAGUGACCGCUCCUUUGACUGAUCUGACUCGCCUUGACACCCCGUGGGAGUGGACAGAUAAGUGCGAGGCUGCUUUCAGACAUCUGAAGCAUGCAUUGGCGCACUACGAGGUCUUGAAGCUUCCUGAUCCUGACAAACCAUUCAUAGUCACCACGGAUGCUAGCCAAUACGGCAUUGGCGUCGUGCUUGCACAACAGGAGGGGCCAAAGUUGAGGCCUGUUGAGUACAUGUCCAAGAAAAUGCCGUCCCAGAAGUUGGCUAAGUCCACCUAUGAGAAGGAACUCUAUGCCGUUUACAAGGCUCUGACCCAUUGGAGACACUACCUCCUUAGGAGGUUCUUCAUCCUCGGGACUGAUCAUCAGACCCUAAGAUGGAUGAGAACUCAGUCUGUACUCUCUGACGCCCUCAAGCGUUGGAUUGAAGUCAUUGAGCAGUACGACUUUGACCCUAGGUAUCUGAAAGGGGAGUACAACAAGGUUGCUGAUGCCUUGUCGCGUAGACCUGAUUUCUCCGGUGCGCUGAUUACUGAGUUCGAUAUGACGGACAAUGUUACUCAAUCUUUGGUGGAAGCCUAUCGAGAGGACCAGUUUAUGUCUGAGAUCAUACGCAGACUCGAGGCGAAGGAUAAACGAACUUCAGCCGAGUUUGAGUUAGUCAAUGGCUUGCUGUUUCUUGAGAAGGAAGGGAAUAAAC